AUGAAUCUUGAAUUACUUGAAUCAUUCGGUCAGAACUAUCCAGAGGAAUUUGAUGGAACAUUAGAUUCUAUAUCACUAGCUGCAACAUGUGCCUUUAAUCGUCGAGGUACAUUAUUAGCUGUUGGCUGUAAUGAUGGAAGAAUAUUUAUCUGGGACUUUCUAACAAGAGGCAUUGCAAAAUCUAUAUCUGCUCAUGUGUAUCCUGUUUGCAGCUUAAGUUGGUCUAGAAAUUGUAAAAAGCUUCUGUCAUCAUCAACCGAUCAUAAUGUAUGCAUAUGGGAUGUACUAUCAGGAGAAUGUGAGCAGAGGUAUAGAUUCCCAACACCAAUACAGAGAGUUCAGUUUGAUCCACGGAAUGACAAGCGUUUUCUUGUUUGUCCGAUGAGGCAUGCUGCUUUACUUGUUGACACUGAAGGAGGUCAUAAGAUACUACCAAUUGAUGAUGAUGGUGACGUCAAUGUAAUAGCAUCAUUUGAUCGGCGUGGCGAUUACGUUUACACGGGGAAUGCAAAAGGAAAAAUAUUAAUACUGGACUCACAGAAAUUAACAGUAAAAGCCAGUUUCAAGAUAACUGUUGGUACAUCUAGCACUACUGGUAUCAAAAGUAUUGAAUUUGCUAGACGAGGCGAUUGCUUUCUGGUGAACACAUCGGAUCGAGUUAUAAGAGUCUACGACACGAACCCUGUUUUGAAGAGUGGUGUAAAUGGGGAACCGGAGCCUAUACAAAAGUUACAGGACCUUGUAAAUAAAACUACGUGGAAAAAGUGCUGUUUCUCAGGAGACGGUGAAUAUAUCUGUGCGGGAUCAGCGCGCCAACAUGCACUCUAUAUUUGGGAGAAAUCUAUCGGGAACCUGGUGAAAAUUUUACACGGCACUAAAGGAGAGAUGUUGCUGGAUGUUGUGUGGCAUCCCAUAAGACCAAUUAUUGCUAGCAUCAGUGCGGGCGUUGUUUCAAUCUGGGCUCAAAACCAAGUGGAAAAUUGGUCAGCUUUCGCUCCCGAUUUCAAGGAGUUGGACGAAAAUGUGGAAUAUGAAGAGAGAGAAAGCGAAUUUGACGUUGAAGACGAGGAUCGGUCUGUGGAUAUGGCGGGGGAAAGUCGCGAUGACGAACAAGUGGAGGUGGAUGUGACAACAUGCGAACCAGUAGCAGCCUUUUGCAGUUCUGAUGAAGAAGGCGAAGACGAGAACCUCCUCGCAUUUCUGCCUAUUGCACCAGAGAUAGAAGAACCAGAGGAUGGCUGGGCUGCAACCCAAGAAACGGUCACACCAAGCGAGACACCUGAGAAGCUGCAACCGGCUGCUAAACGUCCGCGGACUGCUACAUACGACAUUGCGCUUAAUAUCGAUCCCCCAGAGCAACCAAUAGCGUAUAGUGGCAAAAAUAAACAAGCCGCUGGUAGCAAAAAAGUCGCCGGGAGACCAAGAAAAUAA